AUGCAACAUUAUGCAACAGUCGUACUGCUGCUUCUACUCUUUCCCAGCUGCAAAAAACUGACUCAAGCAGCCAGCAUCGAACUGGAACCGUAUAACGAGGAAGCGAAUGCGCUCAACGAAACUAAUAGCAACGAUCAAAUGCUGGCGGCACAUCCAAUGUCCUGGCUAAAGAAUGCGCAGGAUAUGUUUGCCAGUCCUGCCGGCCAUGUGGUCGUUCAAGUGGCCAAGGAACUGCUCCAUCGCUCUGCAGGCAACAGCCAAGUGCUCAGCUUGAAUUUGACAAAUUUGCUGAUCAUUCUGCUGCUUAAGGUGCUCAUCUUUUCGGCUGGACUGCUGGGCGCCGGUCAUUGGAGCAGCUACGGUUAUGGACACGGUCGUUCGGCAAGUGAUGGCACCUAUGGCCUAGGCAUAACAUCGGGCGACGACUACUUGAUAACUGGCUUUCUGGCCGCUCAGGGUGCGGGUGUGGACAACUGUCUAUAUGCUGCCGCCUGUGCCAGCCCCAAUGCUGCCUAUGAAUAUGCCAAGGCGGGGCGUGCCUUGCUCGGCGCCAUUGAAAUAUUCGAUGGUGUGCCCUUGAACAAGCCCCGCUAUAGCGAUCUAAUCGUGCUAAUGGAACGAGCCGCGUACGAUGGCUAUCGAGGAAUCGCCUGCAAUACGACCCAAUCCUGCGAUGGGCUGCUGUAA